GUCUCAACGUGGUGGCGGCUCAGUUAGUGUUGGCGGGAGCUGAGCGAUCUUCGCUGUCUGGCGUGGGCUAACUCUGGUCUAGGGGCUUGCGGGCAGCUCUCCCGACCUCGGGCGGGCAGGAUGCGGGUGGCCGUGGCCGGCUGCUGCCACGGCGAGCUGGACAAGAUCUUCGAGACGCUGGCGCUGGCGGAGCGGCGGGGCCCGGGGCAGAUAGACCUUCUGCUGUGCUGCGGCGACUUCCAGGCGGUGCGCAACGAGGCCGACCUGCGCUGCAUGGCCGUGCCGCCCAAAUACCGCCACAUGCAGACCUUCUACAGGUAUUACUCUGGAGAGAAAAAGGCCCCAGUUCUCACAAUCUUCAUUGGAGGAAACCAUGAAGCCUCAAAUCAUUUGCAAGAGUUACCCUAUGGUGGCUGGGUGGCACCAAACAUUUAUUAUUUAGGUUUGGCUGGUGUAGUAAAAUACCGAGGCGUAAGAAUUGGUGGAAUCUCUGGUAUUUUUAAAUCUCAUGACUAUCGAAAAGGUCAUUUUGAGUGCCCCCCUUAUGAUGCAGCUACAAUAAGGAGUGUAUAUCAUGUGAGAAAUAUUGAAGUCUAUAAGUUAAAACAGCUGAAGCAGCCUAUGGACAUAUUCUUAUCUCAUGAUUGGCCCAGAAGUAUAUAUCAUUAUGGAAAUAAGAAGCAACUUCUUAAGACUAAAUCUUUUUUCCGACAAGAGGUGGAAAAUAACACAUUAGGAAGUCCUGCUGCCUCAGAGCUUUUAGAACACUUAAAACCUGCUUAUUGGUUUUCUGCACACCUUCAUGUGAAAUUUGCAGCCUUGAUGCAGCAUCAGGCCAAGGAUAAAGGACAGACUGGCAAAAAAACCAAAUUUUUAGCCUUGGACAAAUGCUUACCACAUAGAGACUUUCUUCAGGUAAUAGAAAUAGAACAUGACCCCAGUGCUCCUGAUUACUUGGAGUAUGAUAUUGAAUGGCUCACUGUUCUCAGGGCUACUAACGAUCUUAUUAAUGUGACUGGGCGCCUGUGGAAUAUGCCUGAAAAUAAUGGCCUGCAUACAAGGUGGGAUUAUAGUGCAACAGAAGAAGCUAUGAAUGAAGUAUUGGAAAAACUGAAUCAUGACCUCAAAGUUCCGUGUAACUUUAGCGUGACAGCUGCUUGUUAUGACCCAAGCAAGCCACAGACACAAAUGCAGUUGGCUCAUAGGAUCAAUCCUCAAACUACUGAAUUUUGUGCCCAACUUGGCAUCACCGACAUUAAUGUCAGACUUCAGAAGGCCAAGGAAGAACAGCAAUUGUGUGGUGAAUAUGAAGAGCAGGAUGACGUGGAGAGUAAUAACUCUGGAGAAGACCCCAGUGAUUACAACACAGACACGUCUGCCCUGUCCUCUGUUAAUCCUGAUGAGAUAAUGUUAGAUGAAGAAGAGGAAGAUGAAGAUAGUCUUGUAAGUGCACAUAGUGACAUGAAUACACAAUCGGUAGAACCUUCUUCUGAUCCAGCUUCUGACUUUUCUGGAAGUUUCUCUGAUGUCAGGAUCUUGCCAGGUUCCAUGGUUGUAUCUUCCGACGAUACAUUGGGUUCCCCAGUUGGCAGAGAGAGGAAGACUGGUGAGGCUGUGGAGUCAGGAGAUGGAAAGGACUUAACUGAGGUGCCACUGAAGAGGCUAAGUGAUGAACAUGAACCUGAACCAAGAAAGAAAAUUAAGAGGAGGAAUCAAGCCAUCUAUGCUGCAGUGGAUGAUGAUGAUGCAGCCUGAGACAAUUUCCUUGUCUUCGUCUUAUGUGUAGAUAUGUGAUCUUUGAGACCAUAUUUUUAGAGUUGGAUUUUUGACUCAAGACUUAACUUUGUAAUAAUGAAAUUACGUAAGAGAAUUUUAAUUAGGUAUGGACUUUGUCUUUAGGCCUUUUUGUAUGUUUCAAAUGCAAACAUAUUAAAAUUUUGUAUAUUUA